AUGCUGUUAUUGGCGCGACUGCCGUAUUUGGAUGCAGUCAUCUCAGAGACAUUGAGACUUCAUCCGGCGUCAAUCAUUCUUAUACGACAGGCCUCUGAAGACUAUAAAUUAGGCGAUACAGGGAUUACAUUAAAGAAAGGACAACAACUGGAAAUCCCAAUAUAUGCUGUCCAUCUUAACGAGGAAUUCUAUGAAAAGCCAAAUGAUUUCAUUCCCGACCGAUUCCUACCGGAAAACCGACAUAACAUCAAACCCUACUCUUAUAUCCCAUUCGGCGCCGGCCCUCGAAAUUGCAUUGGAAUGAGAUUUGCUUUAAUGGAGGCUAAGCUGGCAUUGGUUCAAGUGAUUAAGAGAUACCGAUUCUUUCGAAGUCCUAAUACUGACGUUCCCUUACUGUUGAACAAGAGUACAUUCCUGAACUCACCCAAAAGGGUUAUCGUAGGCAUCGAAAAACGUGACCAAUAG